UCACCCGCGGGCCGCCCCCGCGGGGCCGCCGCUUUGCUUCUUGGGUUGGUGACGCCCGCCCGCGAUCGAUCCCGCCCUCCCGGAGGGGCGGCGGGAGGAGAGAGGGGUGAGAGUGGUUUUCUAGCUCUGCAGCCAAGCCACCGACCACAGGGAGAGCUCGACCCGGGGCGCUUUCCUGGCAGCCGUGGUGGAGGGAUGAGCGUGUCACCUGGAUGCUCAGGACACCAGUUCUGACUCUCCUGUGCCUGUAGCUGACAACAGCCAUGUCAGCCCAAGGGGAUAGAUGGGUUUCUUCCUUUGUUUUCCUGCUCUUCUGUGCUUCCUCCAUCCCAAGGCCGGGAAUCGCGGGGCUGCGGCAGGAGCCGAGCCCCCAGCGCUACUUCAGUGGCUUGGAAGCUGGACGAGCAUCCCUGGCCUUUUUCACCCCUCAUGUGUCUCCUGGUGCCCAGCCCUUCCUGGAGCAGAUUGAGAGCUCGGCCGAGGCCCUCCAGGACUAUGGCAUUUCUGUGGUGAAGGUUAAUUGUCCCAAAGAGGAUGUCUCAAGAUAUUGUGGAAAAGAAAAUGCCUUGAGGAAAGCCUACCUGUUCAGAGGAAACAUCCUGAUCCGAGAGUUCCCCACCGAUGCCCUGUUUGAUGUGAACUCCAUCGUCGCCAACGCUUUGUUUGCCCUGCUCUUUAACGAAGUCAAAUAUGUUGAAACGCUGGCAGACCUUCAGAACAUUGAGAAUGUGUUGAAAGGGAAGUCGAACAUGGUCUUUGCCUACGUACCAGCUACUGGGACAGCAGAGCACAGAGCUGUGAUGGAGGCGGCUUUUGUCUACGGGACCAUCCACCAGUUUGUUCUGACCACGGAGGCAGCACUGCUGAAAGCCACUGGGUAUGUCCAAACACACCCCCCACCACGGAGAGCUGCUUCCCUGCAAAGCAGUGAUGAUCCCGACGUAUCCUCUGCCUGGCUGCUGUUCUGCCACUGCCAGAGGGCCACGGACCCGGCACAGCCCUGCAGGAGAACAGCCCUGGCACAGCCCCUGACCCUGCUCAACAUCCACAGGCACCUCAAGCUCAUGGGGGCUCCCUUGGUGACAGAGGUUGCUGAGGACCCAGAGAAGGUCUCCACUGUCCACUUACAGCUUGGGCUACCCCUGGUGUUCAUCCUGAGCCAGAGGGAGACCUACGAGGCCGACAGGAGGACAGCAGAGUUUGUGGCCUGGCAGCUCUUGGGCAAAGCAGGAGUUGCCCUUUUGUCCAGGGACCUCGUGGAUUUGAACGUUCUGCAGCGGUCCAACGUCGCGCUGAAGACACCAGAUGAGGGAAUGCCAAUCCAAUACCUGGUCUUGGAAGACACUGAUGAAGUUAUAACCCUGGUGGAAGAUAAGAACAAGGCCAAACAAAUCCAGGAAGAUGAGGAGAAGGAAGAGGAGGAGGAAGAGGAAGAUGAGGAUGAAAAAGAGAAUAACAAUCAAGACAUCCAGGAUGACCAGGUGGUGGAAGCAGUUUCCAGGGACAAGAAGCGAGAGCUGCCCCUGGAGCAGGUCCUUGUCCUGACGGAGGAGACCUUCCGCUCUUCCCUCUCGGAGGCUGCCCGGACAGUGGUGCUGUUUUAUGCCAGUUGGGAAGCUGUGUCCCUGGCAGUGCUGCGCUCUUACUCCGAGGUGGCCGAUCACCUGAAAGGAACUCCUGGGGUUUUGCUCUCCCGGGUGAACUGCUGGGACUGGCCUGGAAUUUGCACCCAGGAGAAUGUCACCCAGUUUCCCACCAUCAAGAUUUAUGGGAAAGGAGAGAAGUCAGUGACAUAUGAUGGCAUGUGGGGAACUGAAGAGCUCACCAGCUUCAUCAUCCUGAGCCGAGUUUCCUGCCCGGUGAAACUGGCCACGAUGGACGAAGCAGAAGGAUAUUUAAGAGGAGAGUUUCCACCUGAGCUGUCAUCCCAUCACCACACUUCCCUUCUGGGAGUGUUUAGCACAGCCACAAGUGAAGCCAGGGAAGCUUUUGAAGAGGCAGGAAGCAUCCUAAGUGGCCACGUAAUGAUGGGGACGUAUUUUGAAGAUGAUGGCUUGGCUUUAUCCCGUAAAUACUCUGUGUCCCCCCCAGCCCUCCUCCUUGCCCGGAGCGGAGGUCGGAGCGUGGAAAGCAUUUCUUUGUCUAAACAGAGCGUGCAGGACAUGGUGCAGAUGAUCAGAUAUGAACUGCUGGACAUUUUUCCCGAAAUCACCGUGCAAAAUCUGCCCCAGUACUUGCAACUCACCAAGCCCUUCCUCAUCCUGUUCAGUGAUGGUGACAUCAGUCAAAUGGAAAGCAAGGAAAUGCUGAAGCUGGCAAAAGGAAGACCCCAGCAGGCGUUUGUGGCUUGCUGGUUGAACUUGAAGAAGACUCCAGUGGGAUACGGGAUCCUGAGGACGUACUUUGCCGCCGUGCCUUCGCUGCCCGUUCUCGUCUGGGUGAACCUCCACGCCGGGGGUCAGGUUUUCCAGUUCCCACCAGAGCAGUCCAUCACUGAAGUGAACAUCUUGUCUUGGCUGGAGAAGCUCCAAGCAGGACUGGAGACUCCCAGCUGUAGGAGCUCUGCCUGCUUUUCCCUGGCUGCGGGAGACACAAGUCUUAGGGAAGAGCUCAGGGGUGGGAGUGUUUCUGCGGCUGGCGAGCAGAGGUGAGGUAAAAAUGUCAUCGCACGUCUCUAAAACACAGUUUAUUUUCACUUUUUAGGAAAGUUGAGGCACCCAUUUCCCCUGCCAGCCUCUCCUUCUGCCUCCUCCCCCCAUUCCCAUGGCUUCAUCCCACGGAUGCUCCAGGCAGGCGACACAUUUCCUCCAGGAACCAGAUCUACCCUGAGGUGCAUCAUAAGCACCCACACAUGACUCAGCAGGAUCCUUUGAGAGACAUUUAUUAUUUAAAUAAUAACUAUUUUUUUUUUACAUCAUCUCAGCUCUUACACAGCAGAAAAGCUCCAAAUCUUGGCACUUUUGGGCGUUCUGAGCAGAGCUGCAGCUCCCAAAUGAGACACCCCACUUGCAACAGCACAAUGACUCUGUGUGUUGGAUGCUGCACAAACAGGAGCCACGAGACCCUCAGUGACCCCUAACAGCAGCAACAGCCUUGGAAUGUGGGAUUGGAUGCUCCUCAUCCCAGUGGGAGCCAGCUUAGAGUCCCAAAGAUCAGGAGGCAUCUUGCAAAACAAAAUAGAGGCACUGGAGGAUGCUGCCUCAGUCCAGGACUGAUGACCUGGAUGUUUUUGCACUUGGGUUUUUCUUUUUUUUUGUUUUGUUUUGUUGACAUUUUUGUCUGGUUUUUAUUUUGAAUAAAACUUGCAGAGAAGUGAAUGCCCCAAAACCCACCAAGAGCAUCACCCUGGCUGUGGGUGAAGCUCGUGGCUGUGACAGAAACCUCUCAAUCCUUGGUCAGGUUCUUUAUUCCCCUUGAUGGCUCUUGCACAAACCACAAGGCAAAGGGAAUUGCAAAAUGGGUGCUGAGGAGGGGCUGCAGACUCUGCUCCAUCACAGCAUGAGGGAAGUGCCAUAAUUUGGCUUUUUCUCUGCCCCGGUGCCCCUCAGGGACCCACUGGUGCUUAAAAUCUCUGGGGUGGGGGACAGACAAACAGACAGAUAGACACAUGCACAGAGAUCUACACCUGAAAAAGUGCAUUUCUUUAGGCAACUGGCCUAUGAAAAAAAGGGGAAUAUCUGGGGGCACACUGCUCCUGUUGUCUCCUCUCCAAUCCCUAGGGAUCUGUGGGCAGAGACGGAUGCUUGCAGCCACAAUGGCCAUCCAGCCCCACCUCCAGGAGCUGCCUGCGCCCCAAAACCACCUCAGGGACCUUUCUGGGAAGCACACCAGCAGGAAGCCCUGCUUCCCAACAUCCCUCCCCAGCAGUAGUGUUAUAGCAAAGCCCCCCAUGCUUCACCCCCUGACUCUCCCACAGUGGGACCAAACAGAGCCUUCCCCCUUUUCCGUGCGGGACCCGCCCCAUCUGAGGGUUACAGCCCUUCCCAGGUAUUCAUCAGCCCUUCUGAUCUUGUCCCACUGUAAUUUUUUGCCCUGUGAGAAACCACACUGGCUUCCCAGGGGCUUCCCAGGCGACACCUGGCCCACCCCAGGCCCACCCCACAGCAGCCACGUCUCUUUACGGGCCGUAAGGCAGAGCUUUGUUAACACCUGUCCGGGCUGUGCUUCACCUGGCAGGAGUCUCCUGGAAUGGCUGAUGGAUCUACGGCUCACAGGGGCCCAGCUGUGCCGCCAGUUUUGUCUUUGCAGGGCAUGGAGUCCGUCUGUCCGGGAGCGCGGGGGUCACCUGGCAGCACAGCACCGAGCGCAGGAACCGCAGCACCGGCGGCCUCAGGAUGGCGAAGACCCAGGGAUCGACGAUGGAAUUGAUGGAGAGGAACCUCAGGGCGAGCAGGUCCCACUCGUGCUCGCCCUCUUCCGUGAUGAACUUGUUCAUGUAGGCACGGAUCUGCAAAAGCACGGGAUCGUGGAAUGGUUUGGGUUGGAAGGGACCUUAAAGACCAUCUCGUUCCAAGCCCCUGCCAUGGGCAGGGACACCUUCCACUAGCCCAGGUUGCUCCAAGCCCUGUCCAACCUGGCCUGGAACACUUCCAGGGAUGGGACAGCCACAGCUUCUCUGGGCAACCUGUGCCAUGGCUUCACCAUCCACAGAGUAAAGAAUUUUUUCCCACUA